AUGUGGCAAGAAUUGUACCCGGGUGCGCCUGGCCUUGCUCCUCGACGGUUUCUAGAGAUUGGGAAACCCCCGCGGAACGGGCCCUCCUAUAUCACCAUCGUCCAUGGGUACGCCGGUCCGUUGCCGGCUCCUUCAUCGUCAACAACCUCGGAAAACCUCGAGGAGCGCGAAAAGCGUUUGCACUGGUGGCAGAUACCUGUGGCUCUGCAAGAAGUCAUCACUAUCGCCAGCAAUAUCAUCUUUGGACGGUCAUACCUCACCAUCGCCUUGACAAAUACCGAAGACAUCAGGUUGAGCAAUUUCGGCUCCGAGCGAAAGAACAGCACAGCCGGCGCCGAUCACGCGGUCAACUCCAUUGCCAUUCAAGUCAGUAAAUUCGGCCGCACGCAUCACAUCCAUGCUCGGCAGGCUAUGCACUGGAACCAUGUUGCAUUCGCCAAGAAGGCCAUGCUGGCACCCGAUGAGGAUGGUGAAAAUUACAAAAUGUUGAACGUGGUGGAAGAGCCCAUGAGGCUCUUCAAGCAUGCCCCUGCGUUCCAACGCCUUUUGCUGUCUCGCAGGCUGCUCUGUCUGCACAAGUCGGAGCUGGUGUGGGACUGCCUCAGACAGCCCAGCUGCGAGUGCGGUGACCCAGUUUACUUUAGAAAAGGAAAUCGACCGCCCGUCCUUCAAAAAGCCGUCUGGAUUUCGAGAGGGUACGCCCAGAAUCCCGAACGUGUGCUCGAUCUGUACAAGGCCAUGAUGCCGUCCAACCCCGAAGAGAGGCUGACAGUUGUCGCUGGCCUCUUUCAACACAUCCUCCGUCUCGAUGGAGCACGAUACUUCGUCGGCAUGAUAGCAGAUUCAUAUGCAGAGCUAGGGCUGAGCUCCUAG